AUGACUAAACCAGACGGGAGCAUACCCAACAACACUAACAACAGUCACAACAACAACAAUAAAUCAAAUAAUAACAAUAGUCGCAACAAUAGUAGAAGUCGGUCAGCUACCAUAAAUAACAGCUCAUCUCCAGAAGCACCAGCCAAUCCAUUCGAUGAUAUCAAUAUAAACACCUAUGCUCAUGUACCUAACCGUGUACCACCCUUUGUACUAGAAACAAUCGCAAAAGCCCACUACAAGAACCAACAACAAGACAAUUUCCAUUCAAACAGUAUUUCAUUAGACCAAGGAGGAUUAUCAGUACGAGGAACUCAUUCACGAUCAAUCACAAGCGCAAGUAUAGUUCAUGUUAAUAGCAACCCAAACAUCAACAGUAAUAAUCCUAACAUUAAUCAGGAUGAAGAUCAAUAUGCAAGUUUUACCAACCAUGAUCCAUACCUACGUGCAUUGGAUGGAAAUUGGCAUAAUUUUAUAUCAUCCAUACGUAAUCAAAUAGCAUAUACAAGUGACAAAAUAUCAUAUGGAGAUGAUUAUUUAAAGGAAUAUGAUUUAGAUAGUCCCUGGGGUGGGGAUGAGAGAUUAAAAUCGGAAUUUGUUGAGUCUUCAAGUAGUGGUGGAACCCUUUUGAACAAAAAGGGAGGAAUAUUACGAUGGUUUCGUCCAAGUAGUAGUGGAAGUAGUAAAGAUGAAAAUGAUACUCGAGUGAGAUCAACAGCAGGAUAUUGGAUGGGAGAGAAUAGAAAACAAGUAUUACCAAGCAUCAAAAAGAUCUUCUUGUUUAAUCCUUUGGUACCUUUAAUCCUUCGUAUUUUAACCUUAAUACUUUGUAUUUGUGCCUUAGCAUUGGCUGGAUCAAUAUAUAAACUUUCAAGACAAGACUGGGAUGGACAACCAAUACCACAAGAACCUAGUACAAUCAUGGCAGUAGUUGUGCAGGCAGUAGCAUUGCUAUAUGUGAUAUAUAUUGCCUAUGAUGAAUAUUCUGGUAAACCAUUAGGAUUAAGAGAACCAAUGAGUAAAAUGAGAUUAAUCAUGUUGGAUUUACUAUUUAUUAUAUUUUCAUCAGCAAAUCUUUCAUUAACAUUUAAUACCUUGUAUGAACAAGAAUGGGUUUGUCAAAAGGAUACAAGACCAGGAGUUACUGAUUUAUUUCCAGUAGUUGGGACUAUUUGUAAUAGACAACGAGCAUUGGCUGCGUUUUUAUUUACAAUAUUAAGUUUAUGGGUUAUUACGUUUACUAUUAGUUUGUUGAGGGUAGUGGAUAGAGUUAGUACGUCAGGACCAAGGACUGAUUUAGAUAUUGCGUAA